UUUUUUUUGAAUAACAGAGAAUUCAUCAUGGAUUGUAUUUUUUUUCCUCCUCUUUCGCACCAUGCAACUUUUCGUCAAGUCCCUUGCCGGUAACACCCUCGCUUUCGAGGUGAACUCUACCACCACUGUUGAAAAUGUCAAGACCAUGAUUGCUGCCCGUGAAGGUAUUGAUGCUUCUCUUCAAUUGCUUUCUUUUGCUGGUAAGUCUCUUCAAGAUGCCGAAGCUUUGUCUUUGUACGGUGUCCAAGAUAACAGCACUCUCCAUCUCAAUGCUGAAUUGUUGGGUGGUGGUAAGAAGCGUAAGAAGAAGACUUACACCACUCCCAAGAAGAUCAAGCACAAGCGCAAGAAGGUCAAGAUGGCUAUUCUCAAGUUCUACAAGGUCGAUGAAGCUGGCAAGAUCACUCGUCUCCGUCGCGAAUGUCCUACCGCUACCUGUGGUGCUGGUGUCUUCAUGGCUUGGCACUCUGACCGUCAAUACUGUGGCAAGUGUCAUUUGACUUAUGUCUUCCAAAAGGACCAACAAGCUUAAAUGAUUCUUUCUUUAGUAUAGUACCAUUCUAUUGAAUAAAAUAAUAAAAAAAAAGUUUUGUUUUAUUGU